GUCAUCAAGAUGGAGUUCUUGUUGGGGAAUCCGUACAGCACUCCUGUUGGCCAGUGUAUUGAAAAGGCCACGGAUGGCUCCCUGCAGAACGAAGACUGGACGCUCAACAUGGAGAUCUGUGACAUCAUUAAUGAGACGGAGGAAGGGCCCAGAGACGCCAUGCGUGCGGUGAAGAAGAGACUCAACGGCAACAGAAACUUCCGUGAAGUGAUGCUGGCUCUGACCGUGCUGGAGACUUGUGUGAAAAACUGCGGCCACCGUUUCCACGUCCAUGUAGCCAGCAGAGACUUCAUUGAAGGCGUGAUGGUGAAGAUAAUCAGCCCGAAGAACAACCCUCCCGCUAUAGCACAGGACAAAGUGCUGGCGCUGAUACAGGCUUGGGCCGAUGCAUUUAGGAGCAGUCCAGACCUCACAGGAGUGGUGCACAUUUAUGAGGAGCUGAAGAGGAAAGGGGUGGAGUUUCCCAUGGCGGAUCUGGACGCUCUCUCUCCCAUACACACACCACAGCGGGGCGUCCCGGAGGUGGAUCCAGGCACACACAGGUAUAAAGCACCUGCGCAGACACACACUGCACCUGAGAGCAGUCCUAAACCUGCAGGCGCUGCAGCAUCAGCCUUCAAUAACACACACAUCCAGACUGCAUCAGGACCCAUCUCUGCAAACCCAGAGCAGAUUGCGCGUCUGCGUAGUGAGCUUGAUAUUGUGCGCGGGAAUAUCAAGGUAAUGUCGGAGAUGCUGACAGAGAUGGUGCCGGGCCAAGAAGACGCAUCUGAUCUCGAACUGCUCCAGGAGUUGAACCGGACGUGUCGAGCGAUGCAGCACAGGAUCGUGGAGCUCAUCUCUCGCGUAUCCAAUGAAGAGGUCACCGAAGAGCUGCUGCAUGCUAACGAUGAUUUAAACAACAUAUUCCUGCGCUACGAGAGGUACGAGAGGUAUCGAGCAGGCCGAGCGGCACAAAACAACGGGGUGCUGAAUGAGGCUUCAGAGGAGGAUAAUCUAAUAGAUCUGGGUCCUGCAUCUCCAGCGGUGGUCACUCCUCGUGUCAGCGCUACACCCACACACACUCACACACACACUCACACACACACACAGAUGCAGACUCCUGCUGCUGCUGCUGCUGAUACUGCGUCACUCUCCACACAACUGGCAGGACUUGACGUGAGGUCUGACAGCGUCAGCGGGACUCUCAGCUCUCUGGCCAAUCACAACCCUCAGGACGACUUCGACAUGUUCGCACACACACGCUCCAGCUCUCUGGCCGAGCAGCGCAGGAAUGUUAAAUAUGAGGAUCCUCAGGCUCUGGUGGGUUUGGCCUCAGCAUUAGACAUCAGACAGCAAAACGCCACCGGGCCCAAUGUAAAAGGUGCUAACGCUGAUCUGGAGCCCAUAGACAGCUGGCUCAUGACGCAAGGAAUGAUCCCCGUCUCGCAGUCCUCUGUCAUGGAUGACAUUGAGGAGUGGCUCUGUGCGGAUGUGAAAGGUGAAGAGCCUGAGGAAGGAGUCACGAGUGAAGAGUUCGACAAGUUCCUGGAGGAUCGGGCCAAAACAGCAGACCAGGUUUCUCCAUUGGGAUCUUCCGGAGACCCCAGACCUCCUGUCAGCUCGUCCAGCAGCAGCCGCAGGAAGACCGAACACAUGGAGGAUAAUCUCUUUGCCUUGUAGAACAGUGACGGAGAUACGAGUCCAGUAAACGCAAGCAUAUUCCCUCCAGCACCUUCAACACGCCUGCUGCUCCUUCACGCAGUUUUACAGCGGCAGUAGCAGUCUAACAUUUAGCACUGUGAGGAUCCUGCUUCAUUACAGCGAUUAUAGCCACAGCAGAGGACAGUUUAACAAGAAAUGAAAAUUCUGGCAUUAGUUACUCAUCCUUAUUUAGUUUCAGAAUCAUGAGACUCUCAUUUAUCUUCACAUCACAACUGAAGAUCGUUGUUAGGAUAUUUAUACAAUUAGAUUCUAUGUCAUGAGAUUUAUUUAAGACACAUUAGACAAUGGAUACAGCGAUAUGGACAUUUUUGCAGAUACAACAACCGAUAUAUUAUAUAGUGAUAUUUAACUGAAUAACUAAUUUUGGCUGAUGAGAUUUUUGUAGUGAUAUUUGUAAGCCGGUAACCGAUAUUGGCCAAUAAUGAUAUAUUUUAAGCUGAAAUUUGGAAGCCGAUAAACCAUAUCAUUCGGGACUGAUAUAUUUUAAACCAAUUUGUGAAAUCUGAUAACCGAUAUUGGCUGAUACUGAUAUAUUUUAAACUGAUAUUUGGAAAGCCAAUAACCAAUAUUGGCCAUUACUGAUAUAUUUCAAACCAAUAUUUGCAAUCUGAUUAUUGAUAUUGUUUAAUACUGAUAUAUUUUAAACCAAUAUUUGGAAGCUGACACUGAUAUAUGUUAAACUGCAAUUCGGAAGCUGAUAACCGAUAUUAGCAGAUAGUGCCAUAUUUCAAACUAAUAUUUGGAAUGCAAUAACCAAUAUCGGCCGAUACUGAUAGAUUUUAAACUGAUAUUUUGAAGUGGUUAACUGUAAUUGGCUGAUACUGAUAGAUUUUAAACCAAUAUUUGGAAGUUGAUAACCAAUAUCGGCCGAUACGAUAGAUUUAAAUCAAUAUUUGGAAGUUGAUAACCAAUAUCGGCCAAUACUGAUGGAUUUUAAACCAACAUUUGGCAGCCAUUAACCAAUAUUGGCCGAUACUGAUAUAUUUUAAGCUCAUAUUAAGAAGCCGAUAUGCAAUAUUGGCCAUUACUGAUAUAUUUCAAACCAGUAUUUGGAAUCUGAUUAUUGAUAUAGUUUGAUACUGAUAUAUUUUAAACCAAUAUUUGGAAGCCGAUACUGAUAUAUGUUGGAAGCUGAUAACUGAUAUCGGCUGAUACUGAUAGAUUUAAAGCUGACAUUUGGAAGCCUCUAAACGAUAUUGGCUGAUACUGAUAGAUUUUAAACUAAUAUUUGGAGCCGAUAACCGAUAUUAGCAUAUACUGCUAUGUUUUAAACUAAUAUUUGGAAUCCAAUAACCAAUAUCGGCCAAUACUGAACUGAGAUUUUUAAGCCAAUAACUGAUAAUGGCUGAUACUGAUAGAUUUUAAACCAAUAUUUGGAAGCUGAUGACCAAUAUCAGCUGAGACUGAUUUAUUUUAAACCAAUUUGUGGAAUCCGAUAACUGAUAUUGGGCAAUACUGAUAUAUUUUAAGCUGAUAUUUGGAAGCUGAUAAAUGAUAUCUGCCGAUACCUCUAAAUUUUAAACCAAUAUUUGGAAGCUGAUAACCGAUAUCGGCUGA